AUGUCUUCAUCACCGAUGAAUUCUCCGACGCCAUCAUCUCCAAUGAUUUCCAAUGGUAGCAAUCGUUUAAAUGAAGAAUUAAAUUCGUUAAAAGGAUGGCGUUUAUCACUGGAAACAGAUGUGAAAGAAAAAAAUGAAGAAUUACAGAAACUUCAAAAAAUUAAUCAACAACAAACACAAACGUUAAAAGAUUCUCAGAUUCAAAUUGAACAACAAAACUUUGUUAUUAAUACCAUGAAGCAACAUGAAACCGCAUUCGAAAAAAAAAUACAUCACUUAGAAAAAUUAUAUUCAAUAUUGAAGAAUAAUUUGACAAAACUUGAAAAAGCUGUAUCACAGUGUGAAUUUGUACGUGUUGAUUUAGAAAGAAUGUACGAAGUACAGAGUAGAGAAGUUAAAACAUUGUCAGAUCGUGUUGAUACAUCAAUGAUAGCACAAUUACAAGAUCUUGAAGUUCAUCUUCAGUUGGAAAAACAGAAGCAUCAACAAGUAGUUUAUGAAUUGGACAGACAGAAUAAAUUAUUUGAAUUGUCAGUGAAAGAGUUGGAACGUAAAACAGAAAGUUUGACUGCAAAUCACGAUGAAAAUAUCAAACAAUUGAAUGAUCAUUGUAAUCAGCUUCGACGUCAACAUGAAGAACAUAUUAUACAAUUGAUGACGGAACAUAAUACUGAAGUUAAUUUAGUAAAAUUUCAACUUAAUUCAUCGAAUCAAGAAUAUGAAAAGUUGAUGGAUGAAUCCACAAAAAAACAUCAGGAAGAACUUGAACAUCUUCAUGAUCUUGUUGAAAAAAAACAAAUUGAACAUGAACAACAAGUUCAAAAAUUAACAUCAUAUCAUGAUAAACAAGUUGCUUCAUUACAAAAAAUUAAUGAUAUUUUACGAACUGAAUAUGAACGUUCAAACGAAGAAUCAACAAAAAAACAUCAUGAUAUUGUUGAUGAAUUGAAUGUUGCUAUGGAUAAAAUUCAAUCUGAACAUCAGGAAGUCGUAGCAAAAUUGUUAACAAAUUAUAUGACUGAAAGUUGUAAAUUAGAAGAAAAAAUUGAUAUUUUACAAAAAGAAUUAGAAAGUUCAAGAGAAAAUUUAACAAAACAUCAGAGAGAUAUAGAAAAUAUGAUACAUGAAAUGACUCGAAUAAAAUCUGAACAUCAACAAAGUAUUUUGAAAUUAAAUAAUGAUCACGAAAAUGAAAUUAAUUUGUUGAAACAAAUGAAUGAUGCAGCUAAAGAUCGAUUUGAUGUAGUAAUUGAACAAAUGAGAAUUGAACAUGAAGAACAUAUUAAAACAUUAACAAAUAGUAAUGAUCGAGAAAGCGAUCUAUUACAAGAGAAAUUUGUUGAAUUACAAAAUCAAUUUGCACUUUUUAAAGAAGGUACAAAGGUUACCCAUUCCGAAGAAAUAAAACAACGUGAUAAUGCAAUUGUAAGAAGAAACAUGGAGAAACAAAUAGAAAUUGAGUAUCAACAGAAAAUAGAAAAAAUAAUGAAUGAUGAUAGAGCUGAACUGGAUUUGUUGAAACGAAAUAAUGAAAAGCAGUUGAGUGAAAAAUUAGUUAACCAUGUAGCAGAAAUUGAGACAUUAAAAGCAAAACAUCAGCGACAAAAAGAUUUAUUUGAGGAAGAAAAUGAACUUAUAAGAAAUCAAAUAAUAAAUAUACGUAAUGAUGCAGAUGCUCGUGAAAUAGAAUUCAAUGAAUUGAAAAAUGAAAAAGAAAUGUUAGAAAGUCGAAUCGAAGAUAUUAUUCGACGUCAUGAUGAACAACUAAAAUAUCAAGAGACAUUAAUCGAAGAACAAAAUGCGGAUUAUAGUUAUGCUCAAAAAGAAAAUGAAGAUUUGAAAGCACAAAUUCAGACAUUAUCAGAACAACUAAAUAUUGCUCAAGAACGUUUUGUGAAUACUCAAAAUUUGGUGUCCACAUUAAAAACAUCAAUAACAGAUAAAGAUUUGAAAAUCAAACGUUUAGAAGAAACGCCCAGUUCAUUUUCAAGAACAGCAGCGAUACGUCAUCAGGCUGCGCCAUCCGUUAGUCGUUUAACGACCAGCUCAAGUUUAAGUGGUAUUUCGAUACCACAAACAUCACAACAAAAAGUACCAGAUUCAAAAAAAGUUAUUGGAUCACGUGAAAAACGUUUAGCAACACCAUCCGCUACUGAAUCAUCUUCACCAACAAAAAAAAUUCAACGAAAUUAUUCUCAAAAACAGGAAGAUAAAGCUGUUACACUUAAUCGUAUUCGCGCCGAAGAGCAGCAAACAUCAAUUAAUUCACAAAUACUGGCUGAUGAUUGUGAUGAUGUUGCCUCGGUUAAAUCAGUCAAUAGCGUUGCUGUAAGUUAG